UGGCUCCUAUCAUUAAAACCAAAAUUCUCAGUAUCUUAAUCUACAUCUCUCUCUCUCUCCCUUUUUAUACUGAAGGAGGUCAUGAAAAUGAUCCAAGCAGUGAAGAAGUUCAAGUUCUGGUCAAGAAAGAAGAAGAAGAAGAAGAAAAGAAAGAACAGCCAUGACAUUGAAUAUCCUCCACCACCAUGGCAUUGUCACUUCUCUUACCACCCGGUUCAGCCCUCGGCUCCGCCCUUGCCUCCCUGGCUCGAUUACGGGCAGAGUCACGACACCAUUUUGGCAGCUGAGAUCAGCCCACCUCUUCUAGGCUUUGCCAGUUCAAGUCAAGCUCAGUUACCUCCUCCACAAGAGAUUGUUCCCGAGUUGAAACCACUAGAUCCAACGUUAUCCAUCAGCAGCACCACCAGCAUCACUUCUUAUCAACAAUAUAUGGUUCCGAACCCAGCGUAUGGCAUGCCUGUUGCACCACCAGUUAGGAGAGAAAGAGAGGCUGGGCUUUUCGGAUGUGUGGUUGACAUCGGUAUCCAUCUGAUUCGUUGUUUUUGUCCCUGUUUUCGCAUCAGAGAAGUUCACUGAAAUGUAAGAGUCAAAUUGCCAGCGUUUGAAUCCUCUGCUGUAGCGCGUUCUUUGUUUACUUCACGCUACAGCGUUCUUUGUUUACUUCACGCUGGAAGUAACGUGUUGAAACUAGAUUUAAUUGUGCUGAGCGCAUGAUAUGAUAUGUGUCCUUGAGGAGCAACUAGUAGAGUAAUAUUUAUACAACAAUAAUUUGAUUACUGCAUAAAAAAGUGCUGAUUUCUUAAAGGGUGUCAACGUGAGCUUCUUUCAUAAAGGAGGCGGUGUCAGUCAGGAUUGUUUUAUUUUCUGCUUUGAAGUUUCAGGAGCUUGGUCUCUAUUGAGUGUUGGGGGUCAAAUAGUGGUGUAAAUGGAGUUUAAGUUUGUGCAAUGUUUGUUGAAAUUAAGAAA